AACUCUCCGAUGGAUGUCUCAGAGCAAGUGUCGAGGGCAACCAGUAUUUCAUAUCCGUGGGAGCUGGAUACAUGUAUGGGAGACCUCAGACACCGUAACGAUAAGGGAAACCCUCUCUCUUCCCGCCAGUAGCAUUGAGUGGAGCAUCGGUGGAUACUCAGGCCACCUCCAUUCCUUCCUCUCACCAUCCAUCGCUGCGAGUCCCUAUCACGAACGCGUCGUGAAUAACUUGAUGUGACCUGGUGGAAAGCGUCAGGAAGAAAAACAUACGUAAAUUAACAGUUUCCGCGCGACUUGAUGAUGGGCCAGCUCCACCCUGCACCAACACUCCCACUACCGCACGGCGCUUUCACGCCUCGCGGCGACGAGCCAGAAGACUACAAGUCGACAGACUUGUCACGUCUUCCACCCAGUACAUCUGUUACAAGCGUGUCUCAGGCUGACUUUUGGGACGCGUCGGCAUCCCAUUCCCAAGAAAGACUCGUAUCAAGCCCCUCGAUACUACCUUCGAUGGGGAAUAGACAAAACAGCCAGUGUUCAAGUUCCGAGCAGAACACCAAGCAGUCUGCCAGCCAGAGACCGACGGUUCAUUAUCCUGACAACGUCACUCGCGCCCCAAGUCCAAGCUACUUCAAUACUCCUCCCAAGAUAGACACUGUACCAUCCUCGACUGCCGGAAGCGACGCAGAGGAUGAAGAGGACGAUGACUUCGAUUGGAGCGGGGACGACGACUUGGCAGAGGAAGAAGCCAAGUUUGAAAAGCAGACUGGUGUUAAGCUCAAGUCUAGGCACUCGCUGUUGAGACUGUUCACCUUCUUGUUCUCUACCCUUGUUGGCUCGAUUUUUCUUGCAGGCGUCCUGGUGACGCCAGCAUUAAUUGUUCAUUUCUUUUGGUAUAAACCUCAUCCAACCGACCACCGCCGCUACGUCUCCCAGAAUGUGGAGGCAUGGCUGUUCUGGGCCGCUGCCAAUGUUGUUAUAUCCUGGGGACUCGCCAUGAUUGUGGACAUAAUACCUGUCAUCAUACGGAUGUUGAUAUCCUUGUCUUGGGGUCAUGUCUCGGAGGAAACCAAGACACGCAUCGAACUGUACAAUGCCGUCAAAGAUACCCUUAAACCUGUGCUGUAUGCGGCGAGUGCAUGGAUCAGUUGGAUCAUUCUGUUCCAAAACAUUUUUCAACUGCACGACAGCUCUGAGGCUCAAAGUUAUGCCGCGUACACCGACCGUGUCGUUCAAGUCAUCGAGUUUCUGUUCUUCUUUGCGCUAGUGUUUUGUGCUCAAAGAAUGCUGUCUCACGCUAUCGCUUUCGCAUUCCAUCAGACAGCCUAUCGGGAACGCCUCCAGGAACUGAAAGUUGGCCUCCGUGUCAUCGAACAGCUGCGCACAUUUAAACCAAAACACCGGCACGCUAAAUCGAGUAGCCACGCACCUAUGUUCUCCAUGCUUGGUUUCAUGACCCCUUUCAGUGGAGAGAAGGAGCCCAUUGGCUCUCAUGCGAAUCGUCAGCAUUCUAGUCCAGCCGAUACAACGGACGACGCAGAUGAUGCAGAUGAUGAGCACGUGUUAAAGGGUCGAAAAGGAAAGGGCAAACGCAAGCUAAGGGAGUCAAAGACAUUUGAACAAAUGGUCGAGAAAACGCCGACAGAGACGCCAGCCUCGGAGUACCCUUCCCCAGCUGCAUGUGUAUCAGACACCGAUUCCCCACAUGGGGUGCCGGGUACCCCUCACCGAUACCCUCCAACACCUGUCCGUCGGUUGUCCGGGACAGACCAACAACAUGAGGACUUCAACCCUGCCGUUCAAGCUGCUAGAGUUCUCAAGUCUGCUGUCCUUCACGACGCACGUAACAUCAAAGGCAACAACUAUGACCUGAGCAAACUCGUGAGCAGCGUUAACACUGCACAGGAGGCCAAGCGUCUGGCCAGAGCUAUCUAUACCACAUUCCGUGAUCGUCAUCGACAAUACCUGGUUCCCUCGGACUUUUACCCUGCGUUCCACACACAUCAGGAGGCACAAGAUGCUUUCCGUGUCUUCGACAGAGAUAAUAAUGGUGAUAUAUCACGCUCUGAGAUCAAGUCUACCGUGUUGCGGAUCUAUAAGGAGCGGCGCUUUCUGUCGCGGAGUAUCCGUGAUGCAGGGGCAGCUCUGAAGCUGCUGAAUCAAAUCUUAUUGUUUAUUGCUAUCAUCAUGCUGUUCUUCAUAUCGCUCAGCGUAUUCGGCGUGGACGUCACGCAAUCGCUGACCAGCGUGUAUACCUUGGGCAUUGCUGCCAGUUUUGUCUUCAAAAAUUCCGCAAGUAAUGCGUUUGAUGCGAUUAUGUUCUUGUUUGUGACACACCCGUUCGAUACCGGUGAUCGCUGUUUUAUUGAUACUGAGAAUCUCGUUGUUAAAAAGAUGGGUUUAUUUGCGACGGUAUUCCUUCGCUCCGAUGGCACAGAGAGUUACUAUUUCAAUAGUCAGCUCUUCACAAAAUUCAUAACCAACGUUCGCCGCAGUGAUAAAAUGGCGGAGGGACUUACAAUGCAAGUGGCAUGGCGUACACCGCUUGCGAAGUUAGAUGAACUCGAGAAACUUCUCAAUGAAUGGCUCGCAACUGAAGAGAACAGGUGGUUCGAGCCUUCGACCUCGAUUAUGUUGCAGAGCAUCAACUUCCAACGCUACCUAGAAAUCACCAUUGCCAUACCUCACAACUCCACAUGGCAGGACUGGGGUUUACGAACUACAUGCAGGACAGCAUUCCACGCUGCGGUACAAUACUACUGUCGGCAGCUCGGUAUCGUCUGCUUUGAGUCUCCGAUGCCUAUCGAAUUUGCGGAUGCCGACACGCAGUUGUUUACUCCUUCGCCAGAGGCUGACGCCGGAUUUGAAAAUGCAUCAGGUGAGGGUGAUGGGGCGGCACGGAAUCUUUUGGGCUUUACGCCACCUCAUUCGACUGGUUCACAUUUGAGGGCGAGGAAGAGCAGAAGUCGCAAGGCAGCUAUGCGUACUGCUGAUGGUUGACUUAGAAUGUCUUUCGCAAUGGAAGUUUUGAUAGGAAUGCUACAUAGGUACAUUUCAAUGAGAACGUCGUGGACGGUCUCCGAGAUGUGCUCCCAAGUCACGUGUCACGAGUA